AUGAAAUUUCUGGAUAAAAUCACAUUAAAACGGAUAUAUCUGUUGCCUUUCAACGAUUUAGUAGGAGAAAUAUUUUCUUCGAGAAUAAAAAUUCCGAAUGCAGUCAAUAACGUAUCGAUCCACAAAAUUAAUUAUGAUAAUUAUAAAAAUUACAAUGGUAUGAAUUCAGCGAAUGUUCCUGCUUACUUCAUCAUCAUUCUGCUAUGUCUAACGCCUGAAGACGAUCACUCAUUGCAUUCAAAACUUUUCAACACCUCUUGCAAGCAUUUAGCAAUGACUUUAUUCAGAACAAAGCACGAAAGCAUCAAAGAAAAAAAGCUUACUUUAGCGAUGGGAUUCGGCAAAAAUCGAUAA